AUGGAUCCGGAAGAAACCCGGCCGCUGCUGCUCACGAGCAGCAGCGGCGGUGGCAGCAGCGAGCCCUCAGCUCGAGACGGCACGCGUGACCGGAGUCCUCGGAACAGUACCACGAAGCCGGGCUCGAAGUCGCCGAGGAAGUGGCACGCGGGGAAACUCGUGGUCGCGACGGUGGCGGUGGUCGCUCUGUGGCUGUAUAGCCGGAGCAUGGCGACGAUGCGGUUGAUGGAGCUGGAAGAGGGAAGAACGGGCGGAAGAAGAGGGAGAAGUAGUGAUGGUGGUGCGGAGUGGAGAAGAUGGAGCGAGGUCCCGCUCGAUUGGCUAGACCCGUCAGACCCGCGGAGGGCCACCAUCGCUAUCAUCAGAUACAACGCCACAGAUCUGACAUCCUACGCUGGACCCGUCUUCAUCAACCCCGGGGGCCCCGGCGGAUCCGGCGUCUGGUUCGUCAGGCAUCUAGCUCCCUACUACCAAUCCAUCAUCGGGAAAAACCACGACAUAGUAUCUUUCGACCCCCGCGGCGUCGGCUUCACGACCCCCCAGGUCUCCUGCUGGAACGCGAGCGCCAGCUCCCCAUCUCCCAGCCCCUACCUCUGGGACCUUCUUGAGCCGCCCGUGCUAGACGCCCACCCAGGCGUGAUCUACGACGCCUACGCGUACGCCACCGCAUUCUCCCAGCAGUGCUUCUCCCAGAUCUCAGACGUGGGCGCCUACGUCAACACGGCGCCCGUCGCGCGGGACAUGCUGCACAUGGUAGAGAAGCUCGCGCCCGCGGGUGAGGCGAAGCCGAAGCUGAAGUACUGGGGCUUCAGCUACGGCACCUUCCUCGGCGUGACCUUCGCGAGCAUGUUCCCGGAACGCGUCGGCCGUAUGGUCAACGACGGGAACGUCGACGCCCGGGACUACGUGUCUGGCCAGUCGACGCACUUCCUGACCGACACGGAUAGGGUCAUGGACGCCUUCUACGUCUUCUGCCACCGGGCCGGGCCGGACCGGUGCGACUUCUACGCCGAGAGCCCGGCGGCCAUCGAGGCCCGGCUGGAGCUCCUGCUGGAGGAUAUCAAGAAACACCCGGUGAUCGUCCCGGCCUCGCCCCCCCGGUUUCCGAGGCCGGAGAUCGUCUCGUACAGCGGACUCCGGCGACUCAUCUCGUCCGCGCUCUACCAGCCGCUGCUGAUCUUCCCGAGUCUAGCAUCCACGCUCCUCGCGCUGGAGUCCGGAGACGGGAGACCCUUCGUCAAUCUGACGAGUCAAGGCGCCGAAGAACCUUCCCGCUGUUAUGACAGGCUCGAAAGUACCAUCCCAACGGAGCCGGAGAACCCGACGCCAGGAGACCCUGAAGGAGCAGGGAGUGCAGAUGCCUCCAAAGCUAUCCUCUGCGCAGACUUGGAUCCAGUGCAAGGUGGCGUAGACGACUUCGUGACUUAUGUCGAUAAGCUAGUUAGACUCAGCGCCGCCGCGGGAGCGAGUAUGGCGAGUUUGGUCAUGGGUUGCGUGGGUUGGCAGGUUAAAGCAAAGUGGAGGUUCAGUGGUCCCUUCGAAGCCAACACCUCCCACCCGAUCCUCUUCAUAGCCAACACCGCCGACAACGUCACCCCCUUACGAAGUGCCCUCGCCAACGCAGCCGGCUUCCCAGGCUCGGUAGUCAUGAUCCAGGACUCCUACGGCCACACCACUCUUUCCACCCCGUCAAGAUGCACGGCCAGCACCAUCAGGUCCUACUUCCAGGACGGGACCCUGCCCGCCCCAGACACAACCUGUGCUCCUGACCUGGUCCCCUUUGAGCCCUGGAGCGUCGACUCGGCUGGCUUUGGCCUCGCUACGACCUCUGAUCCGGGAAUGGAGGAUGAGGAGAAUCUUGAACUGGAUCUUGCAAUGGUGGAGCUGAUGAUGGCUCCGGUCCCCGGCAUGGGAAGGUAUGUGAGGGGAUGA